CUUGCGCAUGCGCAUGUGCAUACCGAACACGUGCUAUUUUUGCGGCUUGGUUGUGCAAUCAUCCUUUCCUUACCACACGUACACGUACAGUGCAAUUACAUUUCACUAAAGGCGUAAAAAGUAUCCGUCAAGAUGGUGAACUUCACUAUAGACCAAGUCCGUGAAAUCAUGGACAAACGGGCAAACAUUCGUAACAUGUCCGUGAUUGCUCAUGUGGAUCACGGCAAGUCCACUCUCACUGACUCCCUUGUCAGCAAGGCCGGAAUCAUCGCUGGAAGCAAAGCGGGAGAGGCGCGGUUUACUGACACCAGAAAAGAUGAGCAGGAGAGAUGUAUCACCAUCAAGUCAACUGCCAUCACCCUCUACUACGAGUUGUCUGAGAAGGACAUGUCCUUUAUCACUCAAGAAACGGACGGCACUGGUUUCCUCAUCAAUCUCAUCGAUUCCCCCGGACACGUUGAUUUCUCCAGUGAGGUUACAGCUGCCCUGCGUGUGACCGACGGAGCUCUGGUUGUGGUGGACUCAGUGAGCGGUGUGUGCGUACAGACAGAGACAGUUUUACGUCAAGCCAUUGCUGAGAGGAUCCGACCAGUAGCUUUUCUCAACAAGAUGGACCGUGCCUUGCUUGAGCUUCAACUCGAACAAGAAGAUCUCUACCAAACCUUUCAAAGAAUCAUCGAGAGUUUAAACGUCAUUGUGGCCACUUACGCUGACGAGGAUGGACCAAUGGGAAACAUUCAGGUGGACCCAUCCAGAGGUACUGUGGGAUUUGGAUCAGGGCUUCAUGGUUGGGCUUUCACGCUCAAACAGUUUGCCGAGAUCUACGCUGACAAAUUCAAGAUUGAAGUACCCAAACUCAUGAAGAGGCUGUGGGGAGAUCAGUUCUUCAACGCCAAGGAGAAGAAAUGGAACAAAGUAGGGGGAGAGGGUUAUGUGAGAGGUUUCUGUCAGUUUAUCCUGGACCCUAUAUUCAAGGUUUUCAGCGCCAUCAUGGGCUUCAAGAAAGAGGAGACUGCCAAGCUCCUUGUCAAGCUCAACAUCAAACUAGACGCAGAUGACAGGGAGAAAGAGGGGAAACCCCUUCUCAAGACUGUGAUGAGGAAAUGGCUGCCUGCUGGAGAUGCCCUCCUACAAAUGAUAACCAUGCAUCUCCCCUCACCCAUCACGGCUCAGAAAUACCGUAUGGAGAUGCUGUACGAGGGUCCCUUUGACGACCCCUGCGCCCUGGGCAUUAAGAACUGUGACCCAAAAGCUCCCCUCAUGAUGUACAUCAGUAAGAUGGUACCCACCACUGACAAGGGACGUUUCUAUGCCUUCGGACGUGUGUUCUCUGGUACCGUGUCAACAGGAAUGAAGACUCGUAUCAUGGGACCCAACUUUGUGCUAGGAAAGAAGGAUGACCUCUACAUUAAGCCCAUCCAGAGGACAGUGUUGAUGAUGGGCCGCUACAUUGAGCCUAUUGAUGAUGUGCCCUGCGGUAACAUCGUUGGCCUUGUGGGCGUCGACCAAUACCUCGUUAAAACUGGGACUAUCUCCACAUAUGACCAGGCUCACAAUCUCAAGGUCAUGAAAUUCAGUGUGUCUCCUGUGGUUCGUGUUGCUGUGGAAGCCAAGAAUCCGAGUGACCUCCCCAAGCUAGUGGAGGGCCUCAAACGAUUGGCCAAGUCCGAUCCUAUGGUCUUGUGUAUCAUUGAGGAGAGUGGAGAGCAUAUCGUUGCAGGUGCUGGUGAGCUUCAUCUGGAGAUCUGUCUUAAGGAUCUAGAGGAAGACCACGCUUGUAUCCCCCUCAAGAAGAGUGACCCUGUAGUCUCGUACAGAGAGACAGUUAGUGCAGAGUCUUCUCGGGUCUGCCUCUCCAAGUCACCCAACAAACACAACAGGCUCUUCAUGAAGGCCGCGCCCCUUGAGGAUGGUCUAGCAGAGGACAUUGAGGAUGGGAAAGUGCACCCGCGAGAUGAGCCUAAGGUCAGAGGUCGUUUCCUUGCCGAUACAUACAAGUGGGACAUCAACGAGGCUAGAAAAAUAUGGAGUUUCGGUCCCGAUGGUACUGGCCCUAAUUUGCUCGUGGAUGUGACUAAAGGGGUACAGUAUCUCAACGAAAUCAAGGACUCCAUGGUCGCUGGGUUCCAAUGGGCUGCCAAAGAGGGAGUUUUGUGUGAGGAGAACUUAAGAGCCGUACGGUUCAACGUCCAUGAUGUCACUCUCCACACUGAUGCUAUCCACAGGGGGGGUGGUCAAAUCAUUCCAACAACACGUCGUGUUCUCUACGCCUGCAUGCUGACUGCUACUCCAAGAAUGAUGGAGCCUAUUUAUCUCGUUGAGAUCCAGUGCCCAGAGGCGGCUAUUGGAGGUAUCUAUAAAGUGUUGAAUCGUCGCCGUGGUCACAUAACCGAAGAAGGACAAGUUGCCGGUACACCCAUGUUCUUGGUGAAAGCUAACCUUCCCGUCAGCGAGUCGUUUGGAUUUACUGCUGAUCUUAGGUCCAACACGGGAGGGCAAGCCUUCCCCCAAUGUGUGUUUGAUCAUUGGGAAGUCAUGGACAACGACCCCUACGUCGAAAAAUCGAAGUCAUACACUGUGGUGACAGACACAAGAAAACGCAAGGGCCUCAAAGAGGGUAUCCCCCCAUUGGAUAAUUACCUCGACAAGAUGUAAAAUAUAAAUUAAAACUGUUAUGGAAACAAUCAGUAGGGAAAUGAUAAUAAUUAUUAUAAUUAUUGUAUUGUAAAGUGAACAAAAAUAAUAUUAAUGCAGAUUA